AUGAACAAACGAACUCUCGCUUUCGAAAUUCUUUCGGACCAGUUUGGUGAUGUGAUUGGAAAGGUCGGAAGCGUGCUGAUGCAAUACGGACCACAAACCAUGGCCGAAUUAAUUCAAGCAACAUCCAUGCAAUUUCCACAUAUUCGGAAUGCUUUACUCGUACUAAUUCAGCACAACAUGUGUAUUUAUUAUGACAAGAAUAUUCAUUUACAAAACUUGGAACAAGGAAAGCAACGAGAAGCCUCGGAAGAGGAUGACAUGAAAACUCAAACAGAAAAACAACGAGAACAAGAAGAAAGAAGAGAGAGAUGGAAACACAAAGGAGGAGGUGGAAAUGAUAUCGGAGUAGCUCCAACUGCUGCAACUGAAGAACAAGAACCCGAGUCCAUACGAAACGAAAAACAAAAACUAUUUGAAAAGCAAAGCAAAAUUAUUUAUUAUCAAAUCGUUAUUGAUAACAUUAUUGUGAGAUUGAAGAGUGCCAAAUUCUUGGAUAUUGUAAAGACAAAAUAUGGAGGUGAUGGAGAAGAAUUGUUACACACCUUGUUACAACAUGGAAGACUCACCAUGAAAGAUUUAAUCCAAAAAUCAUUGGAAUCCAUCGCCUCUCAUCACAAUGACUUGAUGUUCUCUAGUGAGAGUAAAAGGACUACAUUUCUCACAACGUUCCAAAAGAUGGUAAAAGAUAGAUAUAUCAAACGAGUACAGCCCUAUAUGUCUUCUGUGCAAAUUGAAGAACAAAAAAAGAAAUCAAAAGAAAAUACCAACUCGACUAGUGGUAUAUUCAACAAAAUUGCCAAACACAAAGACAAGGAAAAAAAGAAGAAAACAGAGAAAAAAGGAAGCAGCAAAAAGCGAAAGACUCUUGUUGAUGACGAUGAAGAGGAACCAGCUUCAACUAUGGAACCUGAGAAAAAGAAGAAAAAGCAAACAACAGAAUCAACCCUUGAAUUUGAUGUAGAAGAUGAUCUAGCGGAUUCAACAACAGCAGAGGAGGAUAGUGGUUCUUACAUUGACGCUGAAAAUAUACUUUGGACAACAAACUAUGCUCAAUUUAUUAGAACUUUUAGAAACGAAUCCAUUUUACAAUAUGUUGAAUCUAAACUAGGAGAGCAAUUUUCUUCAAUUGUUGCAGCGGCAUUUGAAGAAACUGCACCAUAUCAGCGAACAAAGAAUGACCCAAUGUCAACACCUAUAAAGUUUGAAAGGUUAUAUGAAAGAAUACAGGAGACAGAGGAGAUUGGAAGAAAAGUUCUUGAAAACAAUUUGACCUUUUUAUAUAAUCCUGAACUCGAUAUUAUGAGACAAAUGGGAAAAGACACUUACGUCAUCAAUCUAAAAGGAAUUUCAGACAAGAUUAAGCGACAAGAAACAGAAGUAAUAAUUACGCAAAAAUUUAGUGUGAUUGGUUGUCGUUUAUUUAGAUUGCUAAUCGAAAGGAAGUUUUUAGAGCAACGACACAUUGCUGAAGUUGCACUUCUUCCUUCUCAUGAGGCUAGAACACUCUUAUUUAAUAUGCUCAGAGGAGGAAUGUUACAUCUCCAAGAAAUUCCAAAGAAUAAGGAACACGCACCAGAACAGACAUUUUUCUUGUGGAGUGUUAAGUUAGAUGAAGUGUUUGAGAAGAUAAUUGAUGACAUGUACAAAACUGUGCGAAACUUGAGAAUGAGGUUAAAGCAUGAGCAACAACACAUUAUUGAAUCUGGUAUUCUAGAAAGCGCCUAUUUGAGCGAAGAACAAGAAAAUCAAAUUAAGAGCUUGAAAAACAUUGAAGACAGACUGGAAGCAUCGCUCAUUAAGCUUGUUGACCUGAUUACCGUUUUUGAAGACUUUUAA